CUGCCGGACGUUCGCCCGCGCCUUUUUGCUUGGUUCCGCUAAUCGUCGCAUCUAGAAGCACUUUUCCCCAAAUCCUGGGUUAGCCUGCACUCAAUGAGUCGAUACCCUCGAGGCUCUUUGGACAAGGGGGGGACCCCCACCGCUCUUCCCUCCGUGCUCUCUUUCGAUGUCUUAUAUUCCCCGUUCUCGAUUCUCGACUCUCUUGGUUUCUGACAGAUUGUCUUUUUCCUAAUUUCUCCCGCCCAUCACUGGCACAACCUUGAUAGGUGACAGGAAACUGUUUUCUUGUGUGGAUAUCUGUUUGUUUACCCGCGUGCACGUGCGCCCGUCUUUCUGAUCGCCUUGUACGCCUUGCUAGAACCAGUCUAGUUGCUCAAGAAGCCCAGGCGGCCUUGGACUCAGUGUCAGGUGUCAGGUGCUUUGAACUAAACAAGACCGGCGAUCUCACUGCUCAAGUCCGAACACGACCCUGAAGAUACGAACCAGUCGAUCUUUUUAUAUCAUAAUUAUUAUUAUUAUUUUUGUUUAUUCGACUGUUUAUUAGUAACUCAUCCACCAAGCCACAUCCAGUACUUUCAGACCUCCUCCCCUCUUUCUUUCCAUCAUAUACCCCCCUCAACACACAAAAAUCAUGUUUGCACCAAGGGGCAAGGGCUACGACUCCGACUCGGAGGACGAGUGCCAGCGUUUGACACCCAGCCCAGGUACUUCCUCUAGCGCUGUCUCGUUACAGUCAUCAGGACGCGCCAGGAAGGAAAAGCCAUCGCUGGGAGCGGGCGGCAACAAUGGUGACGACAAGAAGAAGAAGAAGAUCAAGUUGCCGCCUCAGCACAGCAUCGACAAGAUCUGGGAGCGGUUCUCCAAGAAGACUUUUACCAAGGCCCUCAGCAUCCUGCCGUUUGAGCCCGUGCCUGCGUCGACUUCGUCGGAGCGGGAAAACGAGCUCCUGUGGGCUGGCUACGAGAGGGCGGCGGAUGAGUGCAGGCGCAAGGUGCGCAAGAUCAUUCAGGAGUGCAAGAGGGUCAACCAGAGAUAUAGGGAUCCCGGGUUCGACUUGGACUGGGAUCUCAAAUGGGAAAAGGGAAACACUCUCAACUAUCUCGGAAAGACCAAAUUCGCACUCAACACGUCGACUCUCCAGGAUCCGAGCUCAACGGUGCCAAAAGCUGUCAAGCGUGUGCAUGAAAUCUUUGACAACCCGACCUUUAUGAAAAAUGUCAAUGGAUCGGAUGUCAAGCAGGGGGGCCUGGGCGACUGCUGGCUAAUGGCCAGUAUGAGCGGCCUGGCGAACGUGGAGGGCGCCAUCCAGAGGACCUGUGUCGAGUACAAUACUCGUAUUGGUAUCUAUGGUUUUGUGUUUUACAAAGAUGGCGAGUGGAUUUACUCCAUAAUCGACGAUAAGCUCUUCCUCAAAUCGCCAAAUUGGGACAACAGGAGUAUGCAGCGCGAUCUUUUACAGCAAAUCGAGCGCGAGGAAGCCGAGAUGGUGUACCGCAAGACGUACCAAACCGGCUCCAAGGCACUAUUCUUUGGCCAAAACAAGGACCAAAACGAGACCUGGGUGCCUCUUUUGGAAAAAGCUUACGCCAAGGCCCACGGAGAUUACGCAUCCCUUGCUGGGGGAUGGAUCGGCGAGGGUCUCGAAGAUCUGAGCAGCGGUGUGACGACCGAGCUGCUAACCUCUGACAUUCUCGACACCGACGUCUUCUGGGAUAACGAACUCAACAACAGCAACAAGGAGUUCCUCUUUGGGUGCUCGACCGGUCUGCUCGACGGCGGCACGGGUACUAGGGAUGGCAUCCAAGAGCGACAUGCCUACAAUGUUGUUGAGACGCGGACACUCAAAGACGGCACCCGGUUGGUCAAACUUCGUAACCCCUGGGGCGCCAAGGGGCGAGGCAUCUGGGAAGGAGCAUACUCUGACGGAUCCAAGGAGUGGAACCGGCAGGUGCAGGAGGAGCUGGGCCACUCCUUUGGCAGCGACUCGGUCUUUUGGAUCACGUACGACGACCUGCUCCGCAAGUUCCAACAUGUCGACCGCACGCGCCUGUUCAGCGACCCGGACUGGCGCGUCAGCCAGCGCUGGAUCGGCGUCGACGUGCCGUGGCGCGCCCAGUACCACGAAAAGUUCCACGUCAAGCUGACCAAGGACUCGCCGCUGGUGCUGGUGCUGUCGCAGCUCGACGACCGCUACUUCAAGGGCCUGCGCGGCCAGUACGUCUUUGACCUGCACUUUCGCGUGCACGAGCAGGGGCGGCCCGACGCCGAGGACUACAUUGUCCGCUCGCACGCAAACUACCUCAUGGAGCGGUCCGUCGGCGUCGAGCUGCCCGACAUGGCCGCCGGCAACUACAGCAUAUGGAUCUGCGUCGGCGGCGAGCGCCUCAACGGCUCGUCGAGCGUCGAGGAGGUCGUCGCCAGGGAGUGCCGCGCCCGCGUCGAGAACGAGAAGCUCGCGCAGGUCGGCAGGGCCUACGACCUCGCUCACAGCAAGGCGGCCGCCCACCUGGCCGAGGUGGCAAGGCAGCGCCGAGCCUGCGAUCACUCCAAGGCCGACGAGGAGCGCAAGAAGGAGAGGAAGGCAAAUUGGGAGAGGAGGCGGCUGCAGACAGUCGUGCACAAGAAGCAGAGGGAUAAGAACCUGGCCAAGAGGGAGCGUAGAAAGAAGGAGAGGAGGGAGGCUGCUGAGAAGAAGAAGGCUGAGGAGGAGGCCGCAAAGGUAGCGGCCGAACCCAAGGUCGAAGAUGCGAAGACGGACGACGCAGACAAGAGCCAGACUGAGGACAAGCCUGCUGCAGAGACUGCGGAUACCCCAGCAGACGAACCCAAGGCGACAGACGAGGCCGCCGCAGUGGAGACAGCCACCAAAGCAGACGAGACAGCUGCCGAAGCAGACAAGCAAGAUACCGAAGAAAAGCCAACUCACAGCGACGUCGCGACCGACGCCUCCAGCACAGAGUGCAAGCAAGACGCCGAAAGCACCACCUCCAGCGACAGCUCGCCCCAGGACACACCCAUGGACACACCCCAGAGCGAAAAGUCAGACACCGUCACGCCAGGCCCCGAUGCCGACAGCGGCAGCGAAAAGGUGCCAGUGCCGCCGGUGACAGGCGGCCCUCCACCAGAGCCCGAGUCGAACAACGCCACCACCACGUCCACCCUGCCAAUCGUCUGCCAAUACCACAAGGACCAGCAGGCCGAGGCCCAGAAGCAGCUGCUCGCCGCCCAAGAAGAACAAAAGAAGCUGGAGCAGCAGCAGCGAGAGCAGCAGCAGCAACAACAACAACAACAAGCCCAAAACCAGCGCGACCCCUACUCGGAGGACGACUCGUCCGACUCCCCGGUCAGCGACUGGGACGACCUGUUCGACUCGUCCGACGACGACACGGCCAACCCCAAGGUGCAGCUGCGGGAGCAGACGGCCGCCGCCCAGGCCGCGGGGCUGCCGAACCCCGUGCUGGUCGACGUUGACGAGACGGACAACGAGGACGCGCGCGCCGAGCCCUGGAACGCCGUCUGCGUCGUCGGCUUCAGGGUCUACAGCAAGGACGAGGCGCUCGAGCUGAGGGUCGUCAUGGAGGGUGGCGGGCUGUCCGAGGGCGGCAUGGGCGAGAAGGGGGAGAUGGACCUCGACGACGCCAUGAACAACGCUGGCGGGGCCAGGGGCGAAGUCAAGAAGGACGAUACCAACAAGGAGGACGGCGGUGGCGAGUUGGCCAAGUAUGCCACCAUUGUAAGCAAGGACGGUGAGGAGUACGAGAAGGCUGCUGUGCCGCCGGUUUCUGCAAAGGACGGAGAGGACAAAUCAUGAUCACCAUGGACGGAAGAGCAUUUUGUUUUUUAUUCUUCUUUUUUUGGGCUUGAAUAGCUUUGUGUUGAUUUUGCUAAACAGCGAGGCGCCUCGGGAGUGCGGGCUUUUCUCCUUGGGCUAUGAGAUUGAUAUACAUACAUGUGAACAACUCCUGGGUAUCAAAACCGUUCAGGUCAGACCAUAGACAUAAGACAUAAAGUAUCUUGGGAAAAGCAAUGCACCACCUCUAAUGCAUAUCGGUACCGCC